AUGGUCAACUUCACGAUUCUCGCCGGCGGAUACACGACAUUCAUCGCAUCCUACCUCUUCGACUCGGACGCAGGUGCUCUCACCUUGCUCAAGCAAAACCCAUCUGGCACGAAUCCGUCGUGGAUCGCCCUUCACCCGACGAACCAGAGCAUCCUGUAUGCCACCAAUGAGAACACCGAAGGCGCACUCCAGUCCUUCUCGGUGGGACAAGAUGGCUCGCUUACGGCUGCAAUCUCCACUGCGAGCUCAGGAGGCAAUGGGCCUGCGUUUGCGAUCCCGCUCUCGACUGGGGAGGUGGCCACCAUGAACUUUGGAUCUGGCAAUGGUCUCUUCAUUCCGACGCAAGAAGACCCACUCCAGCUUGUGUCCGGCUCGCCCUUGAUCACUUUCCCUCCUCCCACCGGUGGCGUGUCUCACCCCCAUAUGGCUCUCGAAGUUGGCGAGGAAGUCUUUGUUCCAGACUUGGGUGGUGACACCGUCUGGCGUUUGACCCGCGACGCGAAUGCGACCUCAGGUGCCUUCCAGAUUUCCGGCAAGAUUGACCAGCCGCAAGGUUCCGGCCCCCGCCACAUCGCCGUCCGCGGUGACCAGCUCUUCACGGUGCACGAGACCGCCUCCACGCUCACGCAGCAGACGAUCCCGUCGGACCUGUCCGUCUCCGACGCCGCGCUCACCGCCAACUUCUCCGUCAUCCCCCCAGGCGUCCCCGCCGGCGCGACGAUGUUCGCCGCCGAGAUCUUGCUCGUCGAGGGCUCCAACACGACGUCGUCCAACUUCACCCAGCCGUUCAUCUACGUCUCGAACCGCAACACGAACGCGAACGCACCGGACCCGCGCGGAGACGCGAUCGCCAUCUUCGCUGUCGAGCCCGAGCUAAAGCUCGUCAAGCACGUCUUCACCGGCCUGAGCCAGAUCCGCGGCAUGGAGUUCUCCGGGCCCGCAUCGGACAACGAGUUCCUCGCCGCCGCCGGGUUUGCGGGCGACGCAGGCGUCGUCGUGCUGCGCCGCACCGCGGGCGGCGCCGACCUCGAGAUCGUGACGAGCAACAAGGACGUGCCGACGCGCUCGAGCUUCGUCUGGCUCGAGGGCGGCUUCUGA